AUGAAACUGAAAGUUUCAGUAAAGUUUAGAUAGGUUAGGACGCCAUUUCAGAACAACGUGGAACAAAACAGUUUCCAUUACAAUUAUUGCUGUUGCCAGUAUUUCUCCUGCCAGGAAACAAAACCAGAAUGCCUCUUGAGAUGAGUGAUUUGAGGAUUGUUCUUCUGGGUAAGAGUGUGUCAGAGAACAGCCAAGUGGGAAACUUCAUCUUAGGAAGAGCAGUGUUUGACAGUGAAUCUCCUUCAGAUGAUGUAGUGCCGUACAGUGACAGAGUCCGAGGAAAACAUGUGACUGUCAUCAACACUCCUCUCCUGCUCAACCCAGAUCUCUCACUACGUCACAUCACACAGGCAGUGAAGGAGUGUUUGUCUCUCUCUGCUCCAGGACCUCACGUGAUCAUUCUGGUGCUCAAACCUGACGAGUGUUCAAGAGAAGAGAAAGUGUGCAUCGAGAUCCUGCUCAGCUGUUUCUCUGACAGAGUGUUUCAGCACACCCUGGUGCUCACGACACAAGAGCCAGACCCCGCUGAGCCAAUUGAAGUCAAUGAUGUCAUAAAGGAAAUCAUUAAAAAAUGUUGUAACAGACACAACAGAUUGGAGAGAAACAGCACUCCUGAUGACCUUAUAGCCACAGUGAAGGAAAUAGUUCAGGAGAAUGAUGGAUGUUACUUGAAUUGUAACAAAUGUGAGGACUUCACUACAGACGCCACAGAAAGAGCAGCUGUUGCCAGUAUUCCUCCUGUCAGGAGAGGAGACAACAAAACCAGAAUGCCUCUUGAGAUGAGUGAUUUGAGCAUUGUUCUUCUGGGUAAGACUGUGUCAGAGAACAGCCAAGUGGGAGUGGGAACUUCAUCUUAG